AUGGCCAUGCUCGCGUCGAAAUCGCAGUAUGUCGCGCCCAUGGCGAACUCCGGCCCGCCCUCUUCCCAUUACCCGGCGAGCGUCUCGAGUCGGCGGCACCAGCCUCCGACCUCAAAUCCUCAUCACACGAACUUUGCUAGCCCCACUGAGUCGGAAUUCUCGGAUAUCCAUGUCGGUCCUGAUUCAGUCAAGAGCUGGGACGAGGAAAGGGUGGGAGACUGGCUGAAGAGCAUCAACCUGCCGCAAUAUGAGGAACUUUUUAAAGCCAACAACAUCACGGGCGAGGUCCUCAUGGAGAUGGACUCGAACCACCUCAAGGAGAUGGGAAUAAGGAAAAUUGGCGAUCGCAUACGAAUCAGCUCCCAGGCAAAGCUGUUCCGAAACAGGGAAUACAAGAGGACCUCGAAACGUAAUACGAAUAGGGAUUCUCUUGCACUGCUCGAUAGCGCACAGUUCACACCUCCGUCUUCUGGUUCCCCAAGGCCUCUGCAUCCAACUCGAGCUGCUACGACCUCACGCCCGGAUAAAAGGAUAUCGAGGCAAACUACGCUCGGCGACUGGACUUACAACCCGGCCGAAUCUAAUAAGAAACCCUCUAGGCCGGGGUCACCACUUGUGCCUCAAGACAACCGCAACCUUCACCCAGCCUACAGCCCUAAGCAUCCCGGGAAGAAAGAUCAGGAAUCUUACUUUACCCAACCUCUUAGCGCCACCUCUUCUAGCAGCCGUGGAGCAAGGAGCGCAACCACACCGGUCGAGACACCACAAACUGCUCGUUUUGUGAACCAUGUACGGGCAAGUCCAAGCGUGGAUAAUACAACCAACAGCAGCAUUUUGCCAGCCGACAAGCCUCUCAUCCGGGUCAUCUUCGAUAAUGGCAGGUCCUCGGUUAUUGGAAUUGAAGGCUGUAGAACAGCAGAAGACAUUAUGCUCAAGACCUUGAGGAAGGGUGCAUUGAACGAAGCACACGUCAAAAAUUACUGCUUUUACGUCCUGGAUGGUACCGAUCCCAAUCCGGCCCUGUGUCGUCGCUUGAGCGACGUCGAGCUGUUAAGGGUGUGCAAUGAUCGCACUAGGAUGGAAAGGGCGAGGCUCAUUCUGCGCAAGGUCCACGCAGGUGAACCAGAGGACGACCAACUGAAAGCUGCUGCAAACAUUUCGACGCAGCAACAAUCGUAUCAGCACAAUGUCAUCCUGCCGAGCAAUAACCGGAGUCAACUGAAAAUCGAAAAACUUACCGGGGAAUCAUUGGCAGCUGUCAGCUAUCCGCUUUCUCCGGCCUCCCAGAAGGAACGCGAACGUCACAUCAAUUCCACGGCCAAAGACCUGGAGCGCACCGACAGCGAAGUAUCCACCGGAAGCACACCUGCGAGGCGGAUGAAACAGUACUACGGAGGUCGUCCACCAAGCAACCUGAUUGCCUCGGAUCUGGCAUCCUACUUCCCUGACGUCGAAAAGGGAGAGAUUGACAAGACGAUGAGAAUGUCGAUUCGGCGAUCGCGCAGGAUAAGCAAGGCUGCAAGCCGCCUCAGUACCCUCAGCAGUUUCAGUGUCGCAUCCAGCCUGAAGGACGCGCCACCUUUGCCAUCAAUAGCUGACCAGUGGCUUGGCAACGGUAGUCAAGCCAAGCCCCUGCGGCCACUUUCCGUUAUGCGACUGGGUCUUCCGUCCGGCGGGCUUGCUCCAACGGCGUAUCGCGACUCUGUCACCUCUUCAGUAUUGGAGCCUUUGGAAGAAGAGUCUCCGACCGACUCGUCCUCUAUCCGCAAAUCCUACGUCUCAUUCGGUCCCGAUAGCGGCUCCGACACCUUGGCGGUUACCGAUCCAGAAGGUAACACCACACUUCAAAGUUAUUUCGAUGAUGGUGGUAGCAGCUUCGCAGGAAGCAGCCAAGGCACAGAAAACGGUGAUUCGUUCAACAAACGUCUCAGUCAAGCCAUGGCCGACGACGGUGAAGAGUAUGACGAAGAAUUGGAGCAAUACCUCGAGACCGACUCCUGGGAGAACGUCAAAUACAUGAAAGGUGCUCUUAUUGGACAAGGUUCCUUCGGAAGCGUGUAUCUUGCGCUGCACGCCAUCACUGGUGAACUGAUGGCAGUAAAGCAAGUCGGACUGCCCACUGGCGGGGUUGCUGACUCGAGAAAGACCAGCAUGCUUGAUGCGCUGAAGCGCGAAAUCGGCUUGCUGCGCGAACUCAAACACCCUAACAUUGUACAAUAUCUCGGCUCCAACUCCGACGAAACGCACCUCAACAUUUUCCUCGAAUACGUCCCUGGUGGAUCGGUGGCGACGAUGCUCGUCAACUACGGCCCGCUUAUGGAGACUUUGGCGGCAAACUUCACCCGCCAAAUUCUAGUGGGUCUUGCGUACCUGCACAGCAUGGACAUCAUCCACCGCGAUAUCAAAGGCGCCAAUAUCCUUGUUGACAACAAGGGUCAAGUGAAGAUUUCUGAUUUUGGUAUCUCCAAACGCGUUGAAGCUUCUACGCUUCUUUCGGGAACAGGCGGAAAGAACAAGAACCGUGUCUCGCUGCAAGGUUCCGUUUUCUGGAUGGCACCCGAGGUUGUCAAGCAAACGGCCUACACGCGCAAGGCGGACAUCUGGUCACUCGGUUGCUUGAUCGUGGAGAUGCUGACAGGUGUGCACCCGCACGCGGAUUGCACGCAGCUGCAAGCCAUUUUCAGGAUCGGUGCUGCAGGCGGAAAUGCCAGUCCUACAAUUCCCGACAACGCAAGCAAGGAGGCAUCAGACUUCCUUGGAAGGACUUUUGAAAUCGAUCAUGAGAAGCGCCCGACGGCAGAGGAGUUGCUGAGCACCGACUUCGUCGUCAACGUCAAGACUUGA